AUGAAAUUCUUGCAAGUUACUUCUCUCCUCACGCUGCUUGCAGCAUCGGCCUCAGCCUUGCCGACCUCUCCUGCCACGGAUGCCUUGAAGGCUCGCACUGCAGCGUUGAUGGAAGCUGCUAAGCGUGAGACGGACAUCUACCACGCGACAGCGAAGCGCUCUCCGGAGACGGAUAUCUAUCAUGCCACAGCCAAGCGGUCCCCAGAGACUGAUAUCUACCACGCUACCGCCAAACGUCGUUCCCCGGAGACAGACAUCUACCACGCUACCGCCAAACGUCGUUCCCCAGAGACUGACAUCUAUCAUGCGACCGCCAAGCGCCGUUCUCCAGAGACCGACAUCUACCACGCAACAGCUAAGCGUCGUUCCCCGGAGACGGACAUUUACCAUGCAACCGCAAAGCGACGUUCCCCGGAGACGGAUAUCUACCACGCCACUGCUAAACGCCGUUCGCCAGAGACGGAUAUCUACCAUGCUACUGCAAAGCGUCGGUCUCCAGAGACUGACAUUUACCACGCCACGGCCAAACGGUCUCCUGAAACCGACAUCUACCACGCCACAGCCAAGAGACGUUCUCCAGAGACUGAUAUCUACCAUGCUACCGCCAAACGCUCCCCCGAGACUGAUAUCUACCACGCAACUGCCAAACGCCGCUCCCCCGAGACUGACAUCUACCACGCCACCGCCAAACGCUAA